AUGUCACCAAAGAGGAGAAGUGAUCCGAGGAGGCACCCAUUUCUUUUCGGAGCAGCUUGUUUGACACAUUCGAGGUUUAAAGAGAUGUUGGUUAACUCUUGGGAUGAGAGCAAGACAACUCUGGAGGCGCUUCAGGGUUUGGAGAGGACCUUAUGGAAGUGGAAUAGGGAAGUUUUUGGAGAUGUUCAAAGGAAAAAGAAGGUAUUGAUGAGGGAACUAACAGAGGUCCAGUUGGAGUUGGAUAUUGUGCAGACAGAUGUUUGUUUAGCCCUUGAGGUAGAGCUUCUAAAGAAGUUUGACUUAGUUCUGAAGCAAGAAGAGAUCAUCUGGUUUCAGAAGUCCAGAGAGAAAUGGUUUGCACUUGGUUAUCGCAAUACCAAGUUUGUCCAUACCUCGACUAUCAUUCGUAGGAGGAGGAACAAGAUAGAUAUUCUGAAGAAUGAUGCAGGUCAGUGGAUGUCGAAUGCAGUGGAGUUGGAGGGGCUGGCUACAACUUAUUAUCAGUGGUUGUACUCUUUAGAAGAUGUUGAUCCUGUGGUGGAGCGGCUGCCUGAUGAGGGUUUUCUGCGAGUGCCUACUGAACACCAAGAUGCUUUGACUAAGCCUUUCUCAUAG